AUGGCCAUCACUCGGAAACGCAAAGGGCCAGAUAAAGAACCACCUUCGGCAGUCAACGCGGCCCUCCCUCCUGACGUUCCGGGACAACGGAGGAAACGUCAGAAAAAGGGACAGGGCCUAGAUAACGCAAAAAAGAGUCAGGCUCCCGUGCCCUUGCCGAACAUCGAUGAAUUGAACCCCGCUGUGGGGCGACGAAGGGCCGAAAAUCGCUCUUCUGAAUCCCAGGAGAAGGCCGUUAUAGCUUCCGCCGAAAGGUCCGCCAAUCUGUGGUUGAAAUACGCUCCCACCUACACUCUCUCCCACGUCGCAUUCACCGAGCUUAUGGAACGAACCAAAAAUUGCGACGAAGACGUUGACCAGGCCAACACUAUCAUCUCCGGGAUGCAGGACCUUGAAGCGGACGCCUGCUCUGCGAAAUUUGUGGACAAAACUGGGAAGACCUUGGCUUGCGUCUUUUCCCACAGAACGGAGACCAACGACCAGGCUACAGCGGAAAGAAAAGGCAGGGGGGAAACAACCCUCUACCCUGGACCCCACAAACGGACGCUGAAGGACGUUCAAGCAUCUGAGUCUGAAGACCAGCGCUGGGAUGGAAUUCCUAAUGAUCCCAUGACCCAUUCGCGGGACAUGGCUGGGAGGGGGACAUGCAAAGGGCAAAUGGCCGUUUCAAGAUAUUUCCAGGGCAGUAGAUCCGUCGCCUUAUACCUCAGCGAAUGCUUCAAGGUCGCCUUCCCCAAUUACUAUUUCCAAUACCAGGCCGCCUUUGAAGCUGGUGCCUGGACAACGGAGGACCCUGGGCCUUGGCUGGGGAGGGCAAUUGUUUGGAAGUUGCCAGUUGAGACCCAUGUGGACGGCUUAGACGAUGGUCCCACCGCAAUUUUCAAUUGUGGCCGAUAUAGAGGAGGAGAGCUGUACUUGCCGGACCUCAAGGUUAAACUUGAAUAUGACCCAGGGACCUUGGUCAUUCUCUUGUCUGGCCAACUGUAUCAUCGUGUGGGAGAGUGGGAGCCUGGCAGCCAUACCCAAGAGGAUGAUGUCACUCCGGGACGGCAAUCAAAUUACAAAAUUAAGAAUCAAGGACUUCACAUUGGAAAUGGAGAUGUACCGCUUUCCUAUCUUCAUUGUCCUUCCAGGCAUCUUAUCUCUGUUACCCAACUCUUCACCACCCUGUAUACGGCAACGAACCUCUUUAUGGCUACACAUCCCACGGCUUAUCCCAGGCAGAAGCUUGUUGACCCGGAAAAUACUGAAAAGCGGAUCCUUUCUUCACAUCGCCAGAAUAUUGCAACUGGGCGUGCAAAUGCAGCUGCCAAGGCUUCAGAUGCCAUAGCCGCCGCCUUAUCAGCGUCUGACGCAUCGCAACCGCCGACGUCGAGAGAACCAUCAACCGUUGGCAACGUUAUCGACGUUAUCGAUGGUGAUCAAGCUCAUGAAGAGGAAUCUGCCCCCGAUUCCGCCGCACGUCCAAGUAAGAAAUCUGCCACAAGAAAAAGGAAGCGAGCAGAAAGCAAAGCAAUUGAAGACGCAGAUGCAACAGACGUGAAUGGCGUGUACAAGGACGUAGACAUCGGGAAAAACCCCAAAUCCAAAUUUCAGGGGUCCCGCGUAAUUUCAGAUAAUAUGACUAACUGUAGCGUCGUUGCUCUUUAA